AUGAGUCAGCCGUUUUGGCCUCGCCGGAAGAGAUGCAGAACCAAUCAGGUAAUCCCAAUUGGACUUGCCCCGCGCCCCUCAAUCGUCAAUGGCGGGGCCAAAGAGACCCGUCGGCUAAAGCCCGGCAAAUCUUACCUCAGGGCCUUGAACGAACCGCAUCCCGGAAAAGGCCUUCGAGUCCGUCAAGUCCACAUGCUCGCCACAAUGCCUCACUCGGAACAAGAAGGGCCUCUGGUCAAGCGACAGAAGCUUACUGUCGCCUCCAAGCCUGCCACCGCCACACGUCAAUCCUCUCGCAUCUUUGCGCCUUUCCGAACUGUUGGCCUCGUCUCCCCCACAAACGUCCCAUUUACUUCGAUUCCCCUCGGAAAGACGACUUUCCAGAUCACGACAUCUGUCGGAAGAGCCCUUCAGACCUACGAUUUAAAGAGAGGUCUCAAUCUAGUCUUCGUUACUCGUCCCCAGACCCCAGCCGACAUCACCACGACGCUCGCAUGGAAGGACAAGGUAUUCGCCGCAUGGGGCGACGCCAGGAAGGGCGAGAAGCAAGGACUCUGGGCAUUCAAACGUGGAAAGAAGGUUGAGGAGCUCGAGCUCCCCGAAGACCUCAACGAGCCUAUUCAACAAAUCCUCAUCUUCGGCUCCUGGAUUGUUGCAUGCGCUGUGACGAGACUCGAGGUUUGGAAGUCGGCCACCCUGGAGCACUACACCACACUCUACACCAUGGCUGGCAAUUCGGGCGCCAACGAGAUCACGGGCGGGAUCACGAACAUGCCGACCUACCUGAACAAGAUCUUUGUUGGUCGCAAGGACGGCUGGGUCGAAAUCUGGAACGUCAGCACCGGCAAACUCAUCUACACCAUUCUCCCUCCGACCCCCGACUGCAGCGCCGUUACCUGCAUGCAGCCCACCACAGCCUUGUCACUGCUUGCCAUUGCCUACGCGAAUGGCAACCUAGUGAUCCAGAACAUCCUAACCGAUAAGCCAAUUAUCCAACUCAAGGCCGGCCACGACGAUGAACCCGUUACUUCCAUCUCUUUUAGAUCUGACGGCAUGGGAGCAGGUCAUGAUGGCCGCAAGGACGGUGUCAUGGCGACCGCUACCGCUGCCACAGGAGACGUUACGUUCUGGGACCUAAACAAUGGAGGCAGGGUCAUGGGUGUUCUGAGGAGUGCGCACAACCCCCCGUCCGGCGACGGUCCGUUGGUACGAGGAGGAAUUAGCAAGGUUGAGUUCCUGUCAGGCCAGCCGGUUGUUGUUACCAGUGGACGGGACAACGCCCUCAAGACGUGGAUCUUUGACGAGACCCCAUUCUCCGCCAUCCCCCGUAUCUUGCACCAGCGCAGCGGCCAUGCCGCGCCCGUCAAGUGCUUGGAGUUCCUCCCCUCCGACUUUGACGGAGCCGAUGCAGGUAACAAGUGGCUCCUCAGUGGUGGUCAAGAUCGUAGUCUCUGGGGAUGGAGUAUGCGACGUGAUGGUCAGAGCACCGAGCUCAGCCAAGGAAACAUCCGCAAGAUGGCGAAGAAGACUGGUAUACUUUCUACAAAGGCGAUGGCCAGGGGCCCUACGACGACUUUGGAAGAUCUCAAGGCCCCCGAGAUUACCUGCAUCGCCAGCUCUCUCAACCGCGACGGUGGCAUUGGCGCCUUGCCCGGCAACCAGCCCAUCUGGCAGAAGCACAGGGAGAACAAGAAGAAGCUCGAUGCCGAAGUCAGUGGCUCGACUGGCUGGGAGAGCGUCGUGACGGCACACAAGGAUGACGCUUGGGCGCGUACAUGGUUCUGGGGUCGCAAGAGAGCUGGCCGGUGGGCAUUCCCCACGGGCGACGGCUCUUUUGUCUCUACCAUCGCCAUCAGUCCCUGCGGUACUUUCGCUCUGGUCGGUUCCGUGGAGGGCAGCAUCGACAUGUACAACUUGCAAUCCGGCAUUCACCGCCAGCGUUUCCCGUCCAAGCUCACUCCCGCCCAAGCGAGAGCGCUGAAGAUUCAGCAGCUAAAGCAGGCCGAUGAUGUUGUGCAGCUUCACACCGAGAAGAACAGUGGCUUUGCGCCUGGCACAGGAAGACACACAAAGGCAGUAACGGGUAUUGUGGUGGACUCGAUGAACAAGAACGUCAUCACCUGCUCCCUCGACGGCAAGAUCAAGUUCUGGGAUUUUGUCACGGGUAACCUCGUGCACCAGAUCAACUGGGCACCAAUGGCCGCCAUCACCGGGUGCCGAUACCACGCCGCAAAUGACCUCAUGGCCUUCACCUGCGACGACAACUCGGUCCGCGUCGUCGACCUGGAGACGAAGAGAACAAUUAGAGAGUUCUGGGGCUGCCAGGACACCAUCAACGACUUUUGCUUCUCCAACGACGGCCGCUGGAUCAUCGCCGCUUCACAGGACCGCGUCAUCAGGAUAUGGGACCUGCCCACCAGCCAUCUCAUUGACGCCAUCCGCCUCGAAAAGCCCUGCACCGCGCUGGCCAUGUCUUCCUCGGGCGAGUACCUCGCCGCCACGAUUGAGAACGAGCUCGGCGUCGCCAUCUGGACCAACAAGUCCCUCUUCACGCACGUGCCGACGCGACAAAUCUCGGACAAGGAGGCCGCGCUGCUCACGGGACCCACGACGUCCGGCGAAGGCAACGAGGGCCUGCUGGAGGCGGCUUUCACAGAAGACGGCGACGCAGACGCAGAGGACGAGACUGUCGUCGCGCCAACGGUCGACCAGCUCAGCGCUGAGCUGACGACGCUGUCCCUGGUGCCCAAAAGUCGCUGGCAGACGCUGCUCCACCUGGACCUGAUCAAGCAGCGCAACAAGCCGACCGAGGCCCCCAAGGCCCCCGAAAAGGCGCCCUUCUUCCUGCCCUCUGUCGGUGCCGGGAAGCAGCCGCAGCAGUCGCUCAUCGAAGGGGCCGUUGCACCCGAAGCCGAUGCCGCAACGGACGCAAAGUCUCGCAUCACCAAGCUCGAGCGCGGCCGCAUGCAAGAAGCGUUUACGAGCAAGCUGGACGACGGCGCAGCCUCGGGAGACUUCGACGACUUCAUCACCCACCUCAAAUCCCUGUCCCCCUCGACGGCAGACCUCGAGCUCCGCUCCCUCUCGCCCGAGGACGGCGGCCUCCUCAACUUCAUCCGCGCGCUGACGAGCCGCCUCGCGGCCCGUCGCGACUACGAGCUCGUCCAGGCCUGGAUGACUGUGUUCUUGCGCCUGCACUUUGACCUCGUCAUGGCCGACGCGGGGCUGCUGGAGGCGCUGGGCGAGUGGAAGACGCUGCAGGCGCGGGAGGCCGGGCGGCUGGACGAUCUCGUCGGGUACUGUAGCGGUGUUGUCGGGUUCUUGCGGAGCCCUAGGACUCACAGGCUACUACAAGCCAUGAGAGUACCGGUAAAGCAGUUGGAAGUUGAACUAUCAAUCCAUCUACGCAUCACCAAAUGGGUGGCCCCCAGUACCACCGUAAUACAGACUCGCAUGAACCCGGCAACUCCAAGCCGAGCCGAUUCUCUUGAUCAAAAUGACCCGGUCAUCCGGUUCCGCCAAGGAAAUACUGAACCCCACGGGGGAAGGACCCCAAUACGUGGGAAAUUAUACCGGGGAACCGAAAGGCGGGACCAACCAGUGUCCCUCGACGCUUUGUUACACCGACGCAACCUGAACACACGGCAAGCCGGCCGCAAGUCCCGCUCCUUGGCUGAGGGCGGUGACUUGCUAGUCUCAAGGUCUAGUCACCGUUGGGGUCCUUGGCCAAUGUCAAAACCCCAGCUUGGCCCGGCUCGCCUCGGCGAAGAGGGCACCGAAGUCAAGGCGGAGAUCGGCGGAGGAGGUGGGUGGGCUUUUUGCGGGUGGUCUGGGGGAAAAGUUGGGCGACGUGCGGAGAAGGUCCCAACGACACAAAGUCCGGACCUCAAUUUCUCCACGCAGACAUGGUCGUCCUUGCAUGUCAAAAAAGCUCAUCAUGCAUUCUACGCUUCCAUUGCGUUUAUUUCUCUGAGAUCCUCCUUCCUCCACACCAACGACACGCCCAGCAGGGCCGGCCCCGUUAUGAACGGGUCCUUCGUCUCUUUUUGCUGGUUAGGCAAGCGAAGAGUAGAAGUUCCGACGAGAGCAUCAAGUCGAACGAAAACCUCUCGCCGACUUCCAAACGACUACAAGAUGCGCGUCUCCUCCCUCCGCGGCGCCGCCCUAGGCGCAGCCCUCACCCUCGCGACCGGGGCAAGAGCAGCCCUCAACGCGACAGAGACCUCCAACCGCCUCAUCAUCGCUAACGACCGCCUCUACGCCGCCGUCUCCAAGCCAGGCGGUGCCGUCGUAGAACUCACCCUCGACGGUGUAAACCUCCUCGGCACCGCCUCCGGCGCGACCGGCCAAGGGCCGUACCUAGACUGCUACUGCACCCCGCAAGGCUUCUGGACGCCCGGCACCGUGAAGCCCACGUUUCAACUCUACUCCGGCACCGACUCCGCCGGUGUCGCCUACGGCGGCGUCAGGAUGUCAGACACCUACGCCUCGACGGGCCAGGUCCUCGAGCAGUACUGGUUCCUCCGCGAUGGCGAGACGGGCCUGCACAUGUUCAGCCGCGUCGCCUACCACAACGAGACGGCACCCUUCUUGCGAAACCUCCAGGAGCUGAGGACUCUGUUCCGCCCCAACGAUCCCAUGUGGACGCACCUCCUCACCAACCCGACGCAGUACGCGCCCCUCCCGUCAAAGGACGCCGUCGCGCAGCAGGUCGUCGUCCAGGACGCGACGUGGUACCUAGGCAACACGCCCCAAGACCCCUACGUCCAGGAGGAAGCCGACUGGUUCACGAAAUACACCUUCCAAGACACCUGGCGCGACGUCGACGCCUACGGCAUGUUCGCCGACGGCUCCAAGACGGCCGACGGCUCCGCGUUCGGCGCCUGGAUGGUCUUCAACACCCGCGACACGUACUUCGGCGGCCCCCUGCACUCGGACCUGACGGUCGACGGCAUCGUCUACAACUACAUCUCGUCCAACCACCACGGCGACCAGACGCCCAACAUCACAAACGGCUUCGACCGCACCUUUGGCCCGCAGUACUACCACUUCAACAAGGGCCCCGCGGGCACCUCCAUCCUCGACCUCCACGCCGACGCCGCCAAGCUCGCCGACCCGACGUGGAACGCGGACUUUUACGACGACAUUGCCCACCUCGUACCCAACUACGUCCCCUCCACGCAGCGCACCACCUGGAAGCUGCACGUCGAUCUCCCCGAGGGCGUGACGAAACCCAUCGCCGUGCUGGCGCAGAACGGCGUCGACUUCCAGGACAACGUCUUCGACACGAAAGCCUACCAAUACUGGACCGACAUCGACGCCCAAGGCUACGCCACGAUCCCGCGCGUAAAAGAGGGGACCUACCGCCUCACAAUCUACGGCGACGGCAUCUUUGGCCAAUACAUCAAGGACGACGUGAAAAUCGUCGCCGGCAAAAUCGACACCACCCACGCGCGCUGGCGCGAGGAGACAUCCGGCACGGAAAUCUUCCGCAUCGGCACGCCAGACAAGUCCUCGGGCGAAUACCGCCACGGCUUCGCGCGCGACACCACCAAGCCCCGCACGCCGGAGGAAUACCGCAUCUACUGGGCGCGCUACGACUUCCCCACCGAGUUCCCGGACGGCGUCCGCUUCCGCGUCGGCGAGGACGACGUCGCGCGGGACCUCAACUACGUGCACUGGGCGGCGUUCGGCGGCAAAGGGAACUCCCUCCGCCCGGACCUCUACCUCGGCGACGGCAACGUCAACAACUGGACCCUCGUGUUCGACCUCGACGAGGCGGCCGUGAAGCAGAAGCGCCACGGCACCUUCACGGUGCAGCUCGCGGGCGCCAAGACGGCGGCGGGCAACACGGACGUGUACAACGCGAGCGAGCCGCACGCCAACCUGAAGUACACCGUCAACGUCAACGGGAAAGACCUGGAGCCGUGGGUGAUUCCGUACUACCAGAGCAGCUCGUGCGCGGUGCGGUCGGCGGUGGUGUGUUACAACGUCGCCAACAAGUUUGUCUUUGACUCGAAGCUGUUGAGGGCGGGCGAGAACGAGAUUGUCCUGAGCUUGCCGUACGGCGCGACGAAUUACGAGAGCGCCGUGCUUACGCCUGCUAUUUACGUCCAAUAUGAUGCGCUGCGAUUGGAGAUCAAGUAA